GUGUGCUUGGCUGUGUGUGUGUUUGUGCGUGUGUGUGAAAGACAUGCGCCGUGAUUGGUGGAUGUGUAGAGUUGAACCCUGUGUUUCCUUGUUGCAGGUCACUUCCUCGGAAACAACACGGUGAUAGACGUCCUGCGUCGCCAGGGUUACGAGGUGGAGCACACCCCCGCCGGCCAGCCAAUCAGCAGGAGGUCCAGACCCUCCGACCCGACGGAGACGGAGGGCCACGGGCGGGACGCCGCGCCCCCGCAGCUGGUGCCCUUCCUGCACGAGCUCCCGGGCCCCGAGCAGGACGCCCACCUGGGGGGCCGCUUCCACCUGGAGGACGAGGAGGACGAGGAGGACGAGGAGGCCCUGCUGCCCCCCAGCCUGGACCUCCUGCAGAAGGCGGAGCGGCGCAGGAUGAUGAAGAAGAAGAGGAGGAACAAGCAGAAGAAGCAGCGGCACCGCCACUUCAACGACCUGUGGGUGCGCAUCGAGGAGAGCGCGAUAGUCCAGUCCCCUCCACCCCCGCUGGUGCGCAUCAUCAACGGCUACAUCACAGUGCAGCCCCCCCACCGAGGCCCCCUCAGCCCCCACGAACCCCACCACACGCACUCCUCCUCCUCCUUCUCCAUCACCUCCUCCUCCUCCUCCUCCUCCUCCUCCUCCUCCUCCACCUCCUCCCUGCUGGUGUGCACGGCGCUCGUGCUCCUACUGCAGCGCUCCUGGACCCUCUGGGGUCUCUGAGGGGCUAGCGGACGUCGGCGGCGGAUGUGGGAACGGCACACAAACAGAACAACAUGGCUGCUGGACGUACGAAGGGGCAGCAGGAGGAUAGGACUCGGAAGAGGACCCGUGGGUCUCUCGGCUGUGGAGGACCGUACCGGGGAGGGGGGAGGGGGGCUGGGGGAGGUUCUCCUGGGGUACCGGGACACCACGACACGCUGGAGAACCACACGGAGGCACUUUCAGAGUUCUGCAGGGUUCUAAAGGAAUAUCGCGUCCUGUGACUCGGAACGUGCGGGAUAACGAUCAUGCUACAUUUUAUGGCACCCCCCCUUCCCCUUUGAGGAACCUUCUGGGCCGUACAGACCAUAUUUGGACCUUAUGGACAAUCGGUCGACCAAUCGGUGUUGGGGACCCGGGGAUCCAUCAGGGGAUCCGAACAGGAAGUGUUUUAGUGGUUCUUCGGCUACGUCGUCGUCAGACAUUUACAUAUCACGCUAUAACAAGCAGGACUGGCUCAAAGUCUGAUGGUUGUAAAUGAAUGGGACCAGCCCAGGUCGACACAUGAUGAGUGACUAGCAUAGAACUGCACACCAUAUAUAUAUACAGCAAUAUAUAGCCAGCCAACAUGCAACGCUUUUUACUCCUUUAAACAAGUAUUUGACUUCAUACAUGAAGAAAGAGAUUCCGUCUGCAUUAGGACGUCAAGCUCUAAUCUGAUUGGACGUGCUUCCAGAGGUCAGUGAAUCCGCGAUCAAUCUGAGCUGUCCGCUAGAACCAGGAUAGGGUCAAUGCCAGGUUAGACACCGUUGCUGUACUUUGUAGGAAUACAUGGGGUGAUGUAGGAAUGCAAGGUCUAUGGCCGGGUCUCCACAGCUACAGUGUAUCUGGUAGGAGGUGUCAUGGACCUCCGGCCAACAUGGUCUCCUGUGGGGGAAGGCCUUCGAAGCAGCUCUAAUGCAGAUUUGUUUUGUUCUUCAUGUUUUCACUGAAUGUAUCACAGAGCAUGUAUAUGCAUGUGUAUAUAUUUAUAUAUAUAUAUAUAUAUAUAUAUAUAUAUAUAUACAUGCAGGAAUCAUGACAUGAUAGGAUUGGCUUGCUGCAGCCUGCAUGGCUGCAGACAUGAUGCAUUAUGGGAGGUCCAACAUGAUGCUGGUUUAGGUGUGUGUGUGUGUGUGUGUGUGUGUGUGUGUGUGUGUGUGUGUGUGUGUGUGUGUGUGUGUGUGUGUGUGUGUGUGUGUGUGUGUGUGUGUGUGUGUGUGUGUCCAAAGCAUUUCCUUUAGCUCUUAGUUCUCCGUCCAAGUGUUUUUUUUAGGUCACUUUCAUCAUUUCUUCUUUCAGAAGAAUUUGUUUUCGUAAUCCAAAAAAUAACAUGAGGGGAAUUGUACAUAAUUGUAUCUACAUUUUCUAGAUGUAUUUUCGAAAAAAAUAAUCCAGACUUCUGUGUUGUUUAUAAAUAUAUAGCUAUUUUGGAGAUUAAAUCAGGAAAUAACUACCUUGGCCCAUGUGUCCUUCUGAGGUAGGUCGUGUUGCGGAGGGAGGGAAGGGAGCUUGUAUUGUUUCAGUGUCCGUGCUCGUGUGUGUGUGUGUUUGUGUGAGUAUCCAUGUGUGCGUGUGUGUGUGUACAAGUGUUUUAUUCAUAAUUGCAUCUGUGCUGAAAUAGCUAUUGUUUUGUUUGACAUAGAGACUAUUUGUUUAAUUUAUUCAACUCUAGCUGUAGGUAAGUCACUUCCAAUGUUUUUUCGUUUACCGUAUGUUGCAGUCACUACUAAGUUGUCAAAUAUAUACUCUUUUUGUAUAUGUUAAUGUUCAUACAAAUUAUAUUUCAUAGCAUAUAGGGGAAGAGAGGUAUUUUAUUGCUAUACAAAAAACAGUGAAUCAAUUUUUAAUAAAUAAUACAUAAAUAAAUGAUACACACUGAGCACAUAUGACUUGGGAUUUAUGUACCUAAGUUGAUCAUCAUCAUUUAGAAUUUAAAUGACCUGUGAUUAUAUGAUUUUAAUAUUUUUACUUUAAAGUUGAAGACAAUAAAGUAUUUAUCUAGUAA